UGCUGCUCCCAGUUACGAGUCUAGCUGCUGCAUUCUGGAUUUGAUCUAGUUUCCGGGUCACCUUCAAAGGUAGCGCCCCAUAGAGUGCAGAAGGAGCUGCAGACUCUAUGGCAGGAGAGGAUCCUCCUCAGUUAAGACUCUUUAGCAUUUUAUUGUAUCGAAGGCCAUAGGUCCACUGCAAAUUAAACCAUGAGAAAAAACUUUUCCUCUGCAAAAUGUACGUACUAAACAUAUAUCAUUAAAAAAGGUGGGCCCCUGGGGAUAUAACUGGCCAUCUGCAGCUGUAGUAAUUUUAUCUUAUGUUCAAGAUUUCUAAACAGCUAAUUCAAAAGGUCUCUCAAGUGGCACAGUGAUCCAAUGGGAGCUAGAACACAACUAAAACCCACAAACCAAUUUAGAAACCAGUAUGCAUAAGCCAUCAUUGAAAAAAUUAUCCCUCUCCACUUCCCAUUUUGCCUCUUGGGCAGCAUGUAUGGUCUUUACACACUUGAGGAAGGAGGGAGUAUGGGGUGGGACAAAACACUCAUUUCCCCCAGUCUUAAAUUUAGUUAUCCAGAUUUUCACAUCUUAUUAAAAAAACAAAUAAACACUGAAGGUAAAAUCUCCAGUUGCCCCAUCUAUCAUCGGAGGGGGAGCUGAGGGGAGAUGGUUUCCACACCUUGCCUUGGAGUGUCUAUAAGGAAGGGAAUUGUUCUGUCCUUCCAGGGAUCAGUGAGCUUUGACAAGUGUCCUUGCAUUUCGCUGACGACAACUGGGCCCUACGGAGAGCUCUGUACAAGGACGUCAUGGUGGAGGUUCAUGAGAUGGUGGCCUCUCAGGGAGAUGUUUGGGGGGUCCUGGAUGAGGAGGAGCCAUCAGAAGUCUGGCCAGAAAGAGGUGAGGAGCAAGAGAAGGAAAGGAAGUUGGGGGUUCAAGAUGGAGCCAACAAACAAGAGGGGAGAGAAACAGUGAAGCCAAGGGAUGAACACAGUGUUUCCCAAGAAGAUGAAAAUCAGAUUAACAGGGUGGAGAAAAAACAUGAAUGUACUGUGUGCGGAAAGAGAUUCUGUAGUCGCUCAGCCCUUGCUAGACAUCAAAGCGUACACUCAGGUGAAAAACCUUAUGAAUGCAUGGAGUGUGGAAAGAGAUUCAGUUACAGUGGCUACCUUACUUUGCAUCAAAGAACUCAUACAGGGGAGAAACCUUAUAAAUGCUGGGAAUGUGGAAAGAGUUUCUUUGACAGUAGUACCCUUACUAAACAUCAAAGAACUCACACAGGGGAGAAACCUUAUGAAUGCAUGGAGUGUGGAAAGAGCUUCAGUCGGAGUUCCUCCCUUAAUGUGCAUCAGAUAACUCAUACAGGGGAUAAACCUUAUGAAUGCAUGGAGUGUGGAAAGAGCUUCAGAAACAGUGGCUACCUUAAUGUGCAUCAAAGAACUCAUACAGGGGAGAAACCUUAUGAAUGCAUGGAGUGUGGAAAGACUUUCAGUCAGAAUUUCUCCCUUACUUUGCAUCAAAGAACUCAUACAGGGGAGAAACCUUAUGAAUGCAUGGAGUGUGGAAAGAGCUUCAGAAGCAGUAGCUACCUUAAUGUACAUCAAAUAACUCAUACAGGGGAGAAACCUUAUGAAUGCAUGGAGUGUGGAAAGAGAUUCAGAAACAGUGGCCACCUUAAUGUGCAUCAGAUAACUCAUACAGGGGAGAAGCCUUAUGAAUGCAUGGAGUGUGGAAAGAGCUUCAGAAGCAGAAGCCACCUUAAUGUGCAUCAAAGAACUCAUACCGGGGAGAAACCUUAUAAAUGCUGGGAAUGUGGAAAGAGUUUCUUUGACAGUAGUACCCUUACUAAACAUCAAAGAACUCACACAGGGGAAAAACCAUAUAAAUGCAUGGAGUGUGGAAAGAGCUUCAAUCAGAGUGCCUCCCUUAAUGUGCAUCGACGACUUCAUACAGGUGAAAAACCUUAUAAAUGCAUGGAGUGUGGAAAGAGCUUCAGUGACUAUAGUACCUUUACUAAACAUCAAAGAACUCAAGGGGAGAAACUUUAUAAAUGCAUGAAGUGUGGAAAGACUUUCAGUUGGAGUUCCUGCUUUAAUGAGCAUCAAAGAACUCAUACAGGGGAGAAACCUUAUGAAUGCAUGGAGUGUGGAAAGAGCUUCAGAAACAGUGGCUACCUUAAUGUGCAUCAAAGAACUCAUACAGGGGAGAAACCUUAUGAAUGCAUGGAGUGUGGAAAGAGCUUCAGAUCCAGUGGCUACCUUACUUUGCAUCAAAGAACUCAUACAGGGGAGAAACCUUAUAAAUGCUGGGAAUGUGGAAAGAGUUUCUUUGACAGUAGUACCCUUACUAAACAUCAAAGAACUCACACAGGGGAAAAACCAUAUACAUGCAUGGAGUGUGGAAAGAGCUUCAAUCAGAGUGCCUCCCUUAAUGUGCAUCGACGAAUUCAUACAGGUGAAAAACCUUAU